UGUUAAAACUUAGUCCUUUUAUCUUCCACAAUUCACAGCAGCUUAAAUGGAGAUUCUGUCUCCUCCAAAAUCCACAGCAGGUUGUGGGGAAAUUUUGCCAUCCAGAAUUUCCAGGGACCCUUCAAAACUAAAUGAACGAGAAUGAGUCAUUCCAUUCAAUUAUUCAUUAUAGGCAUACUAGGAAGUUAAGCAUACUGGGCAUACACAGAAGUUAGCCAAAGCAGAAGGGGAGGAGACAGAGAGGUAAGUAACUGGACACAAUUAUGACAAAUGUGCUGAUUCAACAAUAGAAACAGUUAGAGACAGAUAAGAGAGAAAGGAGGGGGAAUGACACAGAGUGGCUUUGGUAAACCAGCCUGUAUGAGGAUGUGUUGACCAAAAGAGAUUAGAACACACCUGGAACAAGAAGUUAGAAGUAUCACAAAAUCAUGUUCAACCAGGGCAUGGCCUGGAGUCACGACACAGCAGAGAAGUGGGCAAACUGGAUCUGCAAAAGUGAGUGCAACUGACAGAGUGGCCAAAUCUAGAGACUUCUAGAGAAGUGAUAUGUUUUUAACUCUUAGGAAAGGAUUCUAUCCCUCCACAACCCACUCCAAGGUGUCAAAAACAAAAUGAAGUUUUGGAAAUGUUAUCUUUUUUUCAUUACUGUUCAAAUUAUAAUCAUACUCACAGUAUUGUACAACGUGCAAGUGUAUCAACCAAAAGGUGGUCAGAGAGAGGAUGUAGAUGAUGAAGAUCAAUUUCUUUCCCUACCACAAGCCUGUGAUGCAGCACUAGAGGGGAAGAGAGUGCAAAUGUCUUCAAGUGCCUUAUCCACAACCUUUAGACUAGAUCCUUGCCCGUACUAUGUGAUGGAGAGCCACUACAUCACAGCUCCUCUGUCCACCGAAGAAGCUGCAUUCCCUUUGGCAUACGUAAUGACCAUCAGUCAAGAUUUUUAUAUGUUUGAACGGCUCUUCCGAGCUAUUUACAUGCCUCAAAAUGUCUACUGUAUUCAUGUAGAUAAGGCGGCCACAUCUGAGUUUAAAAGGGCUGUGCAGGAAUUAUUGAGUUGCUUCACAAAUACUUUUAUAUCCUCACAGUCUAAGCACAUCAUCCUUGGGAGUAUAUCCAGGCUCCAAGCGGACCUGGCCUGCAUGAGAGACCUUAUAGCGCUGGAUGUUCCGUGGAGAUACGUCAUUAACAUGGGUGGUCAUGAUUUCCCCCUAAAAACCAACAGGGAGAUAGUUCAGUAUUUGAAAAUGUUGGGUGGGAAAAACAUUACCCCUCAUUUAGAGUUUGUUCUGAAAUCUACUGAAAGGAUCAAAUACACUUACAGAGAGUAUAGAAACAGAACACAUGCUUUUGUUCUACAGAAGCGUAGAAAGAAGAGCCCACCUCCAAAUCAACUCAAAAUCCACUUUGGUUCAAAGUAUGUUGCCCUUACAAGGAAAUUUGUCUACUUUGCCCUUUUUAAUGAAGUAGCCAUUGAGUUGCUCCAGUGGUCCCAAGACACCUACAGCCCAGAUGAACAUUUCUGGAUUACACUUAACAACAUUCCAGCUGCCCCUGGAUCUAUGGACAAAGAAAUCUCAACUAUUAGCCUUAGAGCUGUGAAGUGGAUUUAUCAGGAAGAUAUUCAUAAAGGCUGCCAUGGCCACUAUUGGCAAGAUGUGUGUGUUUAUGGACCUGGGGACUUAAAGUGGCUCUAUGCAUCUUCCAGCCUAUUUGCUAACAAAUUGGAGUUGAAGACAUAUCCACUUACCGUGGAGUGCCUAGAACUGUGGAUUAGAGAGAGAUCUCUAAAUCAGAGUGAAAUUCCAGUGGAAUCAGAUUGGUAUUUGCUCCCAAAGUAAGAGCCACUUCAAAGAAAAUAAUAUAAAAUAUCAACAAUAAAAAAAAAACCAGUAGCUCUCA